GGGAUUCCGUCUCAAUUUUGAGUAUUAUCAUAAAUAAAUUAAAAAUUGGCAAUAAAGUUACUAAAAGGAGGGCCAUCAUGAUACAAUUUUGAGUAUUAUCAUAAAUAAAUUAAAAAUUGGCAAUAAAGUUACUAAAAGGAGGGCCAUCCUUGAUCAUGGAGACAUGGAGUCAUCUCAAAAGAAGAUGGAGAUAGGAUCAGUGGACCACCAUCCUCGACCUCGACUCUCCCCCGGGUCCUUCCAUGGGCUGGGACUGGACGCAGAGAAGCUGUUGGCAUUCCGGGAGGGACACCCACUCAUAAAUCAUCCAUUCAUUCACACCUUCCCACUGCUCUAUACCCCACCACCCACCCCCACGCCCCUGUCUCGCUGCACUCCAAAGUCUAUCCUGUUUGACGCCACUGCUCCACACAGUCCAACAUUCAACAACACAUAAAAGAAAAAGUUGCUCAAACCCCGGAAUUUAAUACUAUUAUUCUGUCUUUCUUUUCUCUUCUCUGUGUAAUAGAUUCAAUGAAUCAUUGAAUAUGCACGCAUCCUGUGACACAGAACUUUGAACUUCUCUUCUCCGAUCUCUCCCCACCCUUCUUUCUCCAUAAUCCUUUUUCUUUUCUGAGCCUUCUCUCUUCCUAGCUGGGUGUUGUGAAAUUUGGGAAUGAUUGAUUGUUCCAAGCCCACAACAGAGACUAUUGCAGUUCGUUUCUAUAUUUAAGCGCGAGAUACUAUUCUCUACCUUUUUACACUCGACCCAGAACUUUGCCCUUGACAAAGAACUACCAUCAUCUUUCUGGCCAAAAUGUGAUCAGACACUUUUUCAUUGAAAUCAGAAUAUUAUUGCAUUUCAUCAUGAAGUACAGUUGAAGAUAUUGUAGCACUGCAACUGAAGUUGAGAGGCUGCUCCGUGAUAUUCAUCAUACUCCAGCAGGAGCAUUUGUAUCUGAUUCUCUAAUUGAAAAAUAUACCACAAUAGAAAAAGGAAAAAGUUCAAGUUGUAGGUCUUAUGAUGGCACAUAUUGCAGCAAAUCAUUUUAAUGGAGGGGCUCAUCAAGGGUCUUCAAGUGAUGCAUUGUACAAGGAGCUAUGGCAUGCCUGUGCAGGACCACUUGUGACAGUUCCUCGUGAAGGGGAGAGAGUAUAUUAUUUUCCACAAGGUCAUAUGGAACAGCUCGAAGCAUCUACCCACCAGGGAAUAGACCAGCAGCUUCCUUCAUUCAAUUUACCGGAUAAAAUUCUGUGCAGAGUGAUGAAUGUUGCUCUCCAGGCUGAACCUGAAACGGAUGAGGUGUAUGCUCAAAUAACUCUGAUUCCUGAAACAGAUCAAAGUGAGGUCACAAGUCCCGACCCUCCUCUCCCUGAAAGUCCGCGAUGUGAAAUCCAUUCAUUUUGCAAAACACUCACUGCAUCUGACACAAGCACCCAUGGAGGAUUCUCUGUUCUUAGGCGACAUGCGGAUGAAUGUUUGCCCCCAUUGGACAUGUCUCAACAGCCGCCGUGGCAGGAACUGGUUUCUACUGAUCUGCAUGGCAAUCAGUGGCAUUUUCGUCACAUCUUCCGCGGUCAACCUAGGCGUCACUUACUCACAACUGGGUGGAGUGUUUUCGUUAGUGCAAAGAAAUUAGUAGCUGGAGAUGCCUUCAUAUUCCUCAGGGGCGAAAAUGGGGAACUUAGAGUUGGGGUACGGAGGCUAAUGAGGCAACUAAACAAUGCGCCGUCUUCUGUUAUAUCAAGUCACAGCAUGCAUCUGGGAGUUCUUGCUACUGCUUCACAUGCCAUCUCAACAGGGACUUUUUUCUCUGUUUUUUACAAGCCAAGGACAAGUCCGUCCGAGUUUAUUGUGAGUGUGAACAAAUAUCUUGAAGCGCAAAAUCACAAGUUUUCUGUUGGAAUGAGGUUUAAGAUGGUGUUCGAGGGCGAGGAAGUUCUGGAAAGAAGGUUCAGUGGGACCAUAAUUGGCGUCGGAGAUGAUACAUCAUGUAGAUGGGCUAAUUCGAAAUGGAGAGCUUUGAAGGUUCAAUGGGAUGAGCCAUCAUCAAUUUUUCGUCCUGAAAGGAUAUCCCCAUGGGAGAUUGAACCCCUUGUUGCAACAUUACCACCACACAAUCCCCAACCUCCUCCAAGGAACAAACGGUCACGCCUAGCAAUUUCAGCUUCACCCGCACAGGAAUUUCCUGCACAAGGCUCUGACAAUCUAUUCCCAAGUACAUGGAACACAAUUGCUGAUUCUCCUUUGCCAUUCUCACGCUGUGAUCCACCAUCAAAUGUGAUGGAUAUUUAUCCGUCAGUCAAACUCUCUCUUGAUUCAAAUGCUAACAAUCCAGCAGACUUAACCGCACCAGCUACUGAAAAGAGACGGGGUGGCUGCAAAUUGUUUGGGUUUGAGUUGCUGGACCACUCAACCGUUGAAGACACGUCACCUGUGGCUGCACUACCUCAAGCUAUGGUGGAGACUCAUCCAAAUCCGCCUUUUGAUACUGAAUCUGACCAGAACUCUGAACAUGAGAGAUCAUCGCUGAGAUCAACCUACGAAUCCCAGACCAAGCAAAUUAGGAGCUGCACUAAGGUUCACAUGCAAGGGAAGGCAGUUGGGAGAGCAGUAGAUGUGGCGGGAUUCGAUGGGUAUGAAGAUUUGCUGAAGAAAUUGGAAGACAUGUUUGAGAUUAAAGGUGAACUGUGUGGAUUAGUAAAGAAAUGGCAGGUUGUGUACACAGAUGAUGAAGAUGACAUGAUGAUGGUGGGAGAUGAUCCAUGGCACGAGUUCUGCCUCAUGGUCAGAAAAAUCUUCAUCUACACAACUGAAGAAGCCAAGAUGCUUUCACCAAAGAUAAAGCUUCCCCAUGCUAAGGAAGUUAAAUUAGAAAAUCAAAUUUCAGACCCUCCGAGUUGCACCGAGGAAGAACAUGAGACGGUCAACCCUUAACGUGAGUGCUUAAUCGAGCGGAUGGAUGUCAUUCCCUCAAGGAAACAGUUGAGAGGACAAUGUAAGAUAAGGACUCCAACACUGGUAGUAGUAGUUUUAGCAGUGGUAGUGUCUUUGUUUUUAUAUAGUUUUGCAUGUCUGCCUUCACCUCUAUUGUGUAGAGCUGGAUAGGUGGGUAGUUCUUAUCUUUAUUUAUUUUUUCAAAUUUGGAGGUGGUGGGGGAGGGGGGGUAAGUUUUUCUGCAUAUUUCCAGUGUAAUAAGGCUUUUACUCGGGAUCACUGUGUAUGUAAGUAUGAUCUUGCAAACAAACUGUCUGUUUAGCCUCUUAAUAUAAAGGAACUUUUCUUGCUUUUCUUUUGACUUAUCAUUUCUUUGCUGUCCUUUUGUGGACACUUGCUUGUGCGUUGCCAUCUUUUCCCAUCAUUUUACGGAUUUGUUUGGCGUCACAUUCAG